AUAUAUGGAAAGAAUUGUCUUGUAAAACCUACUUUCAUUUUCAAGAGUUUACGUAUUUUGAAAUUUUCUACAUCAAUUUGGUGCUGUUUGUUUUAGGCCAACGUGAUAAUACCGUUUCCGUAAGAAAACCCUAAUUCCAUUUCAUGGCACCAAUUCCUCAUCCUGAUGAUCAUGAUAAACCAAACAAUGGUGAGGAAACCGUGGAUAUGAUGGACGUCCCAGACGUGGUGAUCAACGCUGAUAGUUCUGACAGUGAGGGGGACGGGGAGUUUGGUUAUGAUGGGUACCAGGUCCUUCAGCAAUUUAUAGAAGACUCAGAUGAAGACUCAGAUGAUGAGGAGAAUGAAGAAGACAUGACUACAGAUAUGACAGUGGAACAAGGUGGAGAAAGAACUGGAAUCUCAGUGGAUGCUGAAGUGGAGAGAAGUACAACUACUGAUGAAACAAGUAGACUUCCACCAGGACUGCAUACUGCAGGGGGAACCACACCCUCCUAUAUGAAGGUACCCGAUUUGCCACGACCUUCCCCAGGUGAACUUCUGUGGAACCAGCAAGUGAAACGAGACAUUGAAAUAAACCAGGACCAAUCUGAACAAAUCAAAAAGACAAUGUCUGCCGUAAAUCUACCAAAGGAUAACAUUCCACCCUGGGCAAAUAAUAUUUCUGAGGAUGAAUGGAAGGAUAAACUCAAAAAUCUGAUUGGAGAUCAUUCAUGAGUUGUGGUUUAACUGAAACAUUUUGUUCAUAUAUAUAUGUGAUAUUGUUUUCUUGUGAAGCAGAAUGUCAAUUUGUAAGGAAAACUUAUGAAAUCGAUUAAGACCACUGAAAAUUAAGAGGCCAGAAAUGAAAUAUUCAGCAUUCAUGAUUUUAAUCUGUUACAGUCAACACAUUUGAUAUCACAAUGUGCAAUGGGCAUCUACUAACUCAGCACAGGUUGAAAAGAUCUAUCGCCACACAGAUGGGGAUAUUGUUCAGCGCCAAAUAUUACUAAAUGGAUUGUGACGUCAAAUGUUUUGAAAAUCCCAAGUGCUGUAUAUUUCAUUUCUUGCCACUUAAUAUUCGGUGGUAUACUAAUAUGAAUUCAUCUUCAGGAAAUUCCAUUAAAAAGUACACUCUGUAA